UUGUAUCGCUUCUAGGAUUGUGGAUUCCGUCGCAUCGCGUCGUGAACCAGAGUCAAAAACCGUAUUGGCAAAUAAAUCAUCUAGAAUGGGGCGAAUAGCUUACGCCGAGGACAGUGUCUUAGCAUAUCUAAAAUCAUUGAUGAGAGCUGAUGGUUAUACGAUAGGAUUGAUACUUGGACAGAGUACAGCACAGAAAGACUUUGUUGUUCAUCUGGCAAGAACUCCACCUCCUGCCGCGAAGGAUGUAAUUGAAGAAUCUUUGAUAAGCUCUGCAAGCAACACUCAGCCAGAACCAGGACGAAAGUACAUUAAAUCCAUCAAUGACAUACCGGAAACUUGGGUCGCCGAUCACGCAAAACAUGUUACCAGGAUGUUACCAGGUGGUAUGUGGGUGCUAGGAAUAUUUGUGGUUGGCCCGUCAGAUAUCUUGAAUGAUAGCAAUUCAAUAAACAGACUACGAUCAGUGGUAGUUGCAAUUUACAAGCACUUAGCAUUAAAUAAAUAUCUUUAUGGGAAUAACAAUCAGGAAAAUCUUAUCCUGCACUUCAAUAGUAUUACUCAAAAGAUAUUAUGCAAAUCUCUUGAUGCUAGUCUUGGAGGAAUAUUGAAACCGGUAGAUUGGAAGUUCCAAGCUAAGGCCACAAAAUGGCAUCAACUCGAAGCUCGAGUAGAUUUUGAUCGGUUAUUUCCAAUUGCAGCUGACCAAAUGCCGGCAACAUUAAAAAAGCAACUACAGGGAAUUCUUGCAAAUAUAUCAGAUACUGUUGACUCAGCUUUGAUUGUGAUCGAAGGUGAACCACGGUCUUUAGAGGACACUCUUGAAGUAGUUGGAAAGAAGAAAAAGGAUAGAAAAGAAAUUAAGAGCAACAAUGACACGACUUUGGCUAACAAAACGCUUCAAGUUAGCAUGUAUAUUCCCUGUCCAAAAAAUCCUAGUUCAGACAUAUUGAUAACAUCCUGCAGUGCGACUAUGCGGCUAGUCGGGCAAGUUGUUAGCAGAACAUUUGUGCAUCAGAAAGCAACCAUCGAAGAGGCUACUGCAGCAGUGAAACAGGAUAUCAUAAGGUCGUUGGCUAGUCGGUUAGAAAUGCACUGGGAUAGUUUAAUUGAAGAAGAAAAUGGGUCCCCAGAAGAAAACGUUACCCUGCACGAACCUCCAAGAAGGGUUUUGGUCGCUCUGCCGCAAAGUAGAGUAACAUUGUCUGACUACUUAUUUCCUGGUGAAGGACCACAAGAAGCUUUAGUGUCUUUGCAGGAACUUUUGGAUUUAGAAAUGCAAGAAAGCAGCGUACAAAAAGAGCUUGAACUCCAGGCGGAUCCUUCGGAAUUCUACUAUCAAAAUACCGUGGACACAGUAGCCUCCGAUAGCAAUGAAGAUUCAUCUCAAGAUCAGCAAUUUGUUGUCUAUAUGACUGGAUUAAGUGUUGCAAUACUUGUUUUAGUAGCUGCAAUUGUUGCGCAUUUGUACUGAAUUUAUGUGGCGGUCACAAUUUUAUCGUAUCAUUCGCGUUUGUUUUUUAAUUUAUUUGCUACGAGAAUAAUCGAUGAUUGUAAAUUUUUUGUUGUAUAAUUAGAAUUCGCGAAAAUUUGAGUAUAAUAAGUGUAUUCUGUUAGUAAUUGGAAGCCUUAUUGACAUACAGGUGUUUAUAAAAUACACACACAGGUAUAUUUUCUACGUAGGUCAUAGAGACAGUGUAUCGUCAGAUUAUAAGUUGCGGGUCAAAUUAUUUGAUUUUUAUUUGUAUUUGUUGUUGUAUUACUAAUAGGUUAAUAAUUGUAGGUUGAUAUAUGGUUACCACGUAUCAAUAUUGUCUGUACACAAUGCCCAAACAAUAUAUUGCAUAUCACAAGGGUUGUUGAAAAGAUUCAUGAAUGCGAACUGAAACAUUGUUAAUUUAACUUGAAAGCUGUACUAUAUUUAGUAAUGUACUCUGUAUUGUAUCCAACAAAUAUUUUUAUAAUGUUGACACUAUAAAUGUAAAGUAUAUUAAAUUAAUAU